AUGAAGUUCUCCGUUGUUUUAUUUAGUGUCUGCUUGCUGGUCAUUUCAGUAUCAGAAAAAACUGGCGUGGUUGAAGGAACAGUAAUUGACAAACCAGAAUUCCCUCCAGAACCGGAGAAAAAUGAAACUACACCUGCCCCAACUCCUACCCCUGCGCCGCCAACUACUGCACCUCCUACGACAACGGAACCCACAACAACGACGACUGAGAAAACUACAACAACAACAACACCGGCUACUACAACAUCGACAGUAGCCCCAACACCCACGCCGUCUCCAACACCGACUCCUACUCCAACCCCAACACCUACACCUGGACCAGCUCCAGCUCCUACAGCUGGAACAUGGGUCGUAAACGGUGCGAAUCACACAACGUGUAUCAUGGUUAAAAUGGCUGCGCAGCUGAACGUGACAUACCUCAACAAAGAUAAUAAAACUAUGCAUCAACUCAUAACAUUGCCGAAUAAUACCAUGAGCAAUGCGACUGGAGAUUGUGGAGCUGCUGAACAGUAUAUUAAGAUCUCCUGGAACUCUUCAAUGGCUUUGAAUGAUUCUCUGGUGUUGCAUUUCAAUAAAAAUGGAACUAAAUACUCGUUGCAUCAUAUUGAGGCAAAUUUGGCACCUCAGGAUUUACCUAGCUAUCAAUUUAACAACACUUUGAUGUUGGUAAAUAACACUAAUGAAUACCCCGUCGCUGUUAGCAAUUCAUACAGAUGUACUAAAGCCGUAAAAUUACACCUCAAUUCAAACGUACCAAACACAACAGCCGUGUUCGAAGUGUCUGAUCUCCAAUUCCAGGCAUUCAGAAGCGACAACACAACAGCAUUUGGCUAUGCUGAAGACUGCGCUUUCGAAACCCAAGACGUCGUACCGAUAGCUGUAGGCUGUGCCUUGAUCGCUCUCGUAAUAAUCGUCCUGGUCGCUUACCUCGUUGGACGCCGGCGUAGUCAGGCACGCGGAUACCUUAGUAUGUAA